AUUCACACCUAUAGCAAUAAGAUCCCAAGUAUACAUUAUGAAGAUAGAUAUAUAUAUAUACUAUAGUAUAUUAUUUGAAAAUGCCAUCGGUGGUUCCUGAGACUCCAGAAACUCCAUUGCAUCCACAACCAAAUGAGGAAUUGACAGAAAUUCCUCAAGGAGAUCUUCCAGCCUCUAUGGCAGCAAAUUUGGAGUUGAAUCCUGAACUUUAUGAUGAUGACGAUGAUAAUGACAAUAAUAAUAAUAAUAAUGAUAAUAAUAAUGAUGACAAUAUGGAUAUAGAUGGGGGUAAUGAAGAAGUGUUGGAUAAUCAAUCGCUGGAUUCAGAUGAGGAUUUUGAAGAUGUGACAAUUGAAGUUCCAUCUUUUACAUUACCAUUCGAUAAGGCAUUUGAAUUACUUCAAUCUGAAUUCAAUGGUCAAUUGAAUAAAGUUACAAUUUCAUUAUCUCAACAAAGUCGAUUAAUUAAUUAUAUCGAUGAACAACUUUUAUUCAUUCAACGUAAAUUCAUCCGAUCACAUGUGGAAGAUCAACCAGAAUAUUCAAUGAUGUCACUUCUUAAAGAUAUUUCCAAAAUUGUAGGAUUAGUUUGGUAUUCAAUUGAUCAUAAGAAUAAGUUAUUUGGUCAACCAGACUAUUUAAUUAAAAUCAUGGGUGAUUUGGAGGAAUAUAUCGUAAGAUUGGAGAUACCACAACUGGUUGAAGAAGUCACCAAUGAGUCCAAAGCUGAAUUGGGUGAAUUGUUUACCAUCUUACAAGAUCUUGAUACAAGAUUAGCAUUUCUCAUCGAUGGAUAUGAAUCUGAACUUGAUUCAGGAUUGAAAAGAGUAGAAAAAUUGUCAACUACAGAAUCAGUUAGAUUGGCCCCAAUUACUUCAAGACUUAGAUUAGUGGUGAUAGAAAGACUUGAACCUUUAAGAUUGAAAUUAUCUCAAAGUUCAACUAAAUCAUCUCGAGAAUUAUUAAACAUUUUAGAAGUUGAAACUGGGAAAUUAUUUGAAGGGAUAUUUGAAAGAAUAUGAAAAAUUGAUAAGAGCUCGUGUACAUAGGUUUAAUAAAUAAACAUUUAACAAAUGAAAUAUGAAGUUAGC